AUGAUUGCAGGAAGUUCCGUCGUUUGCACUUGGGCAGAUCGAGGCCAAAUGAUUCUCAAAGAAUGUCAUAUUGAGAUCGAUGAGUCGAAUGGAUUUUACCCGGUGGAAAACAGGUUCAAACAAGUAUUCAACUUUCUACUAGUUGAAGACUACUUCGAGAUUCUUGGAGAUAAGAUCCGGGAGCGGUUUGGGAGCGACGAUGGGCAUCGAGCCAGAUCCUGGUGGGAGGGAGGACCGGUGCGUGGGGCGACAGUGAGACGCCGUCAUCCUCGUUGCUACCGUGAUGGGCGGAGGGUGCCAGCAGAUAGCAAUCGGCUGAUGAAGGAGGAGCGACCAGCGUGGCGUAUUUUCGACUUAUCUACUAGCAAAUCGGCAACAUACUGUGAAGAAUCUGACGUAGACGAAGACGACGUCGACGACAAGCGCUGUCUGAUGCGAUUAGUUGACGUCGUUGCAUUUUUCCAUGACGGUUUUGAAAUUACCCUCGUCCGACUUGGUAUCCCAAUGACACAAAGGCGUCUGCGGCACACGCCUACUGUCAUCUUCAAUAAAUCACUGUUGCCUAUGUUUUUGAAGGUCAAAAAGUUACAGUAA